GUUGAGCGCUUUCCCCCUCUUUUUUUUUUUCUUUCUUUUUUUUUUUUCUCCUCUUCUUAAACCAAACCACAAACGGAUGUGAGGGAAGGAAGGUGUUUCUUUUACUCCUGAGUCCAGACACCUCUCUCUGUUCGUCUAAGCUUGUUUUGCUGAACACUUAAAAAAAAAAAAAAAAAAAAAAAAAAGGAAAAGAAAGGAGUUGCUUGAUGUGAGAGUGAAAUGGACGUAAGAUUUUAUCCACCUCCAGCCCAGCCCGCCGCUGCGCCCGACGCUCCCUGUCUGGGACCUUCUCCCUGCCUGGACCCCUACUAUUGCAACAAGUUUGACGGUGAGAACAUGUAUAUGAGCAUGGCAGAGCCGAGCCAGGACUAUGUGCCAGCCAGCCAGUCUUACCCUGGCCCGAGCCUGGAAAGUGAAGACUUCAACAUUCCACCAAUCACCCCGCCUUCCCUCCCCGACCACUCUCUGGUACACGUGAAUGAAGUCGAACCUGGUUACCACUCUCUGUGUCACCCAAUGAACCAUAAUGGCCUGCUCCCAUUUCAUCCACAAAACAUGGACCUACCUGAAAUCACCGUCUCCAAUUUGCUGGGACAGGACGGAGCCCUGCUUACUAACUCCAUUUCUGUGAUGCAAGAUAUUCGGAAUCCAGAAGGAACUCAAUAUGGCUCCCAUUCCCAGAUGGCAGCCAUGAGACCAAGGGGCCAGCCUGCUGACAUCAGGCAGCAGCCAGGAAUGAUGCAGCACGGCCAGCUGACCACCAUCAACCAGUCACAGCUAAGUGCUCAGCUUGGCUUGAAUAUGGGAGGAAGCAGUGUCCCCCACAACUCGCCAUCUCCACCCGGAAGCAAGUCCGCAACUCCUUCCCCAUCUAGUUCAGUGCAUGAAGAUGAAGGCGAUGAUACUGCUAAGAUCAACGGUGGAGAGAAGCGACCUGCCUCUGACAUGGGGAAAAAGCCAAAAACCCCCAAAAAGAAGAAGAAGAAGGACCCCAACGAGCCCCAGAAGCCUGUGUCUGCCUAUGCAUUAUUCUUUCGCGAUACUCAGGCUGCCAUCAAGGGCCAAAAUCCAAAUGCUACCUUUGGUGAAGUCUCUAAAAUCGUGGCUUCCAUGUGGGAUGGCUUAGGAGAAGAACAAAAACAGGUCUAUAAAAAGAAAACCGAGGCUGCAAAGAAGGAGUACCUGAAGCAACUAGCAGCAUACAGAGCCAGCCUUGUAUCCAAGAGCUACAGUGAACCUGUUGAUGUGAAGACAUCGCAACCUCCUCAGCUGAUCAACUCAAAGCCUUCAGUGUUCCACGGGCCCAGCCAGGCCCACUCGGCUCUGUACCUAAGUUCCCACUACCACCAACAACCAGGAAUGAAUCCUCACCUGACUGCCAUGCAUCCCAGUCUCCCCAGGAGCAUAGCCCCCAAGCCGAAUAACCAAAUGCCAGUGACUGUCUCUAUAGCAAACAUGGCCGUGUCCCCCCCUCCUCCCCUCCAGAUCAGUCCACCUCUUCACCAGCAUCUCAACAUGCAGCAGCACCCACCACUCACCAUGCAGCAGCCCCUUGGGAACCAGCUCCCCAUGCAGGUCCAGUCUGCCUUACACUCACCUCCCAUGCAGCAGGGAUUUACUCUUCAACCCGACUAUCAGACUAUAAUCAAUCCUACAUCCACAGCUGCACAAGUGGUAACCCAAGCAAUGGAGUAUGUACGUUCCGGGUGCAGAAACCCUCCCGCCCAGCCGGUGGACUGGAAUAACGACUACUGUAGUAGUGGGGGCAUGCAGAGGGACAAAGCCCUGUACCUUACCUGAAAGUCUGAACACCUCUUCUUUCCACUGAGGAAUUCAGGGAAGUCUUUUCACCGUGGAUUGCUUUGUAUAGCCAAAGCAGUUCUCCAUUUUAUUAGAAAAAUACAAGUUGCUAAGCACUUAGGACCAUUUGAGCUUGUGGGUCACCCACUCUGGAAGAAAUAGUCAUGCUUCUUUAUUAUUUUUUUAAUCCCUUAUGGACAUUGUUUUUCUUCUUCCCUGAAGGAAAUUUGGACCAUUCAGAUUUUAUGUUGGUAUUUUGCUGUGAAGUGCUGCGCUUUAGUAACUGCCUUAGCGACUGUAGAUGUCUCGGAUCAAAGUCCUGGAUUUUCCAUUGGUUUUCAUAAUGGGUGUUUAUAUGAAACUACUAAAGACUUUUUAAAUGGCUUGAUGUAGCAAUCAUAGCAAGUUUGUAAAUAGCAUCUAUGUCACACUCUCCUAGAGUAUAAAAUGUGAAUGUUUUUGUAGCUAAAUUGUAAUUUGAAACUGGCUCAUUCCAGUUUAUUGAUUUCACAAUAGGGGUUAAAUUGGCAAACAUUCAUAUUUUUACUUCAUUUUUAAAACAACUGACUAAUAGUUCUAUAUUUUCAAAAUAUUUGAGAAAGAAAAAAAAAACGUAUUCCCAAAUGAUUUUAAUUUAAAAACAAAAUUGGCUUUGUCUCAUUCACCAGACAAAAAGAAACUAGUAUUAAGGGAAGCGCAAACACAUUUAUUUUGUACUGCAGAAAAAUUGCUUUUUUGUAUCACUUUUUGUGUAAUGGUUAGUAAAUGUCAUUUAAGUCCUUUUAUGUAUAAAACUGCCAAAUGCUUACCUGGUAUUUUAUUAGAUGCAGAAACAGAUUGGAAACAGCUAAAUUAUAACCUUUACAUAUGGCUCUGUAUUAUUGUUUCUUCAUACUGUGUCUGUAUUUAAUCUUUUUUUAUGGAACCUGUUGCGCCUAUUUAUGAAAUAAUAAAUAUAGGUGUUUGUAAGUAAAUUUGUUAGUAUUCGAAAGAGGUUUCUUUGAUGUUUUAACUUUUGCUGGCAAAAAAAUUCACGCUUGGUGUGAAUACUUUAUUAUUUAGUUUUUACAGUGACAUGAAUAAAGCCAAACCUACUUUUCAUUUAGCAGCAAAUUAAAGUAACCAAUCCUUUAUUUCUACAUUUCUUUGGUUGAUGCAAACAAAAAACUGAUACUUAAGAACUUUCUUUCUUCGUACAAUAUAACAGAGAAUUGCCCUAAAAAGUCACACAAGCUCCAAGACUAAACAGAUGGGUUCUCUAGCUGAAAAGGGUUGCUUCUUGGUUCUCAGCUGGUUUUAGUCAAUCCUGUAAACUCCCUUCCACCAAAAAAAAAGAAAAAAAAAAAAAAAACCAUUGAAGUCGAAUCAAUUAAAAUUCUUCAAGCUGCAUGCUUUUCGCAAAAUCCAGAAAACAUUUAGGAAGUAAACCAGGGGUGGGUAGGACGGGAAGGCAUACCGUUCAAGAACACAUCUCCAAAUGAAAGGUGAGUAACCAGACAGAAAAAAAAAAAAAAAGGGAAAGCAUUCCAAAUUUGAAAGCUAUU